UACGUCCCAGGCAGACAGCUCUGCACUAUGAGCCUCCCCCACCCCCUCUGCACCGCGUCACGCGAGCCAGUACCUGCCCUUUCUGCUCCUCCUGCGGUACAAAAGCUCUACGCAUGCGAACUGACUUUCCCUCUUUGUUGUAAGCACGACAGAAGAAGUAGUCCAUCAUGGCAGAUGAUGAUUUCACCUCUGGGGACUCUGGGGCCUCCACAACAUAUCCCGUACAGUGCUCUGCACUGAGGAAGAAUGGCUAUGUCAUGUUGAAAGGGCGUCCCUGUAAGAUCGUUGACAUGACUACCUCCAAGACUGGCAAGCAUGGGCAUGCCAAGGUUCACCUUACUGGACUUGACAUCUUUACUCAGAAGAAGUUAGAAGAUAUCUGCCCAUCUACUCAUAACAUGGAUGUCCCAAAUGUAACAAGGAAAGACUACCAGGUUAUAGGUGUCUCAGAUGGCUUCAUGUCCCUGUUGGAUGACACUGGAGUAACCAGAGAGGACCUUAAAGUGCCAGAUGGUGACAUGGGCAAAGAAAUUGAGAAGAAGUUUAAUAAUGGAGAUGAGUUUUUGGUCUCUGUGAUGAAAGCUUUGGAUGAAGAGCAUGUAAUUGGCACCAAGGUCUUGACUUAAUAUGUCAAGGACAAUGCUGGCUUUGAAGCCUCACCAAAGCUACUGGCCUUCACCCCACAUCUCUACCAGUUUCCCCACUGGUCAACUAAAACCAGGACCUGGACUGGGUCAGCUUCUUCAACCGUACCUUGGGCUCAGGGCUGACUGGCAUUCUCUUCAAUCAAUGAAGUUAUCCACCCUUAGCCAUCACAGCUUAACUUUGCAAUGGGUACUGAUAUCAUUCCAGGAAUUCCAAACAAUAUUCCAGCAGUUUAGAACAUUCUAGCAUGUGAUGUGUUUUUUUUUUUUUUUUUU